UUGGCUUUGUGAAUGAUGUAUGCUUUUAACAACGUGUAAUUUUGGCCCAUGAAAGGAAUGUUGAAGGAUGCCGUUAUUGUCUGAGCCUUUCUUCUCUUCAAAUGUACUACUGGCCCAUGACAUUAACAUUGUCCGUUCAUGACAUAUGAUAUAGUGAACGGUCACUUUAUGGGGUUCUUCUUCAUAGUUUAGGCUAACAAUAACGCGUGAUGUGCUAGCAGUACAGCUCCGGUUGAAACGUGCACACCCCUUACUCGCCAAUGUGUUCUUGCUCGAUUUGAUGGGAUGAACAAAGCCUAGUCACAUUCCUAACAGAAGUCAUUGGUCAGUAUGUGGGAAUAGGCAAGCAGUUAAUCUCAUGAGACACUUGAAAUGCUCAACAGCCAAGGAUUUUAUAGGUCUUGAUAUAUCAUUCAGGUCAUGAUCUAUAUUAUGAUGAUACCGGUUUCAACAAGUAAGACAUGUCAACCCAAAUAACCAUGUGUUCAAACAUCAUUUCCCCUGUCUAUACCAAACUUGCUGUGCAUUGUGAAGAUCAAUGAUGAAUUGAUGGCUUUUUACGUGGGCACGGAAUGUUGUCAAAACGCAUUCUUUGUACUAAGUAGGCCUUAGGGUAUGUAUUGUUCAUCAUCAGGCCCACGAGGGAUAUCUAUAAAACAUUCGUUUGAUGUUUUAUCAUCAUCUGAGAUUCGAUAAUGAUAAAGUGCUUUCAUCAUUCUGACUGAGAAGUCAUCCUGUGGUUAUUUCGUGCAGUAGACCAAGUGUUGAAGGAAAAGUUUACUCUUGGGUCCCUUUUGUUCUAAUGCCACCUCUCAAACAGGGCAUAGCAUCAUGCAAGCAAAGCAUUCGCGGUGAUAACUUCUGACUGUUGUUGAGUGAGAUGGGGGAUCGUACAAGACUUCCACUGAGACAAAAGUCAGGCUUAUAAGACUCAAACACAGGUGGUUGCAGAGAUCAGCUGGAUCGGCAGACUUCAGAUUUUCGUAAUGCGAGAGCAACAGUUACAAUUACACAGUUUGUUCAAUCACAAUAAUCCGUAGUGCUCCAGUGUGUCAUAGCAGCUGUUGUUACACUAUGCGCCUCGUUCUGCACCAUGUUCAAAGCAAGAGCUAAAUGUUGUCGCCAGGAUGGGAGCCUCCAUUUCGGGGAGAAAGAAAUACCGUCGAAUUCGACGCAAGAUGGCUGGAACCAAGGCUGAUGAGAGUGAGCGGAUAUUUCAAGGAACGGUGUUGGUCACUGCACUCAUAGAGCACUAUCCGCGCUGCUUCCACUCACGGGGGGCCGCCGAGGCGUUCGCCCAACGUCUACUAGAAACAGGCCACCUAACCAGCAUCCACGCCGAGGAUGGCAAGUUCCAGGAUAGUGCUUUCUACUACAGAUGGUCGAAUGAUAGUUUGUUCGAGGAUAUUACGUUGUAUAGUAAUAAUAUCAUAGAUAAUUUACACAUCCCGGAGAAGAGGCUUUCGGACUUGAUUGCAGCGGAGAUGGAGCGUGAGCGAGGUGACGGAGGUCCUUACCAGCAUCGACGGUACAACUCCACCGGUGACUCCGACGACGACUUUAGGAGUAGCACUCCACGGACUAUGGCAUUAAGGCAACAAUAUCAGGAAUCCAAUCUGUCUGUCAAUGAUAUGUCUCACAUACAGAGCAGGGAUAGCCACGGACAGCACUGGAAUACUCCCGUGCAAGACAGGAAUCAAAACUAUUACUGUAAUAAUGGUGAUACAAAACAUGGUGCAUUCAGGAAACUAGACUUUGAUAAGAUGCAGCAGGAGAAUGAGAGAUUGAGGAGUGAUUCGAAAUCUUUCCAGCCUUCCUUUGAUCAUAUCUCUGGCCAAAAUCGUGCCAUGUCUGACUAUGAGAAACAGUUACUGGAUGAUAUGAAGCGGAUGCAGUCAGACCAUGAGAAGGUGGUCAGGAGCUAUGAGGACAGAAUCACUGAGCUCAUGAACAAGAUGCAUGAACUGAGGAAUAUUGCUGAGCUCCUAGAGCAGGCAGGAGCCCGGUCUAAUCCUACCAGUCCCUGGCACAGUCAGGACCAACUCAUCAGAGACAGGCCGCAAAAUGGCCGCCUCACCCCCGAGGGAAUGCUAUCCAAGGCAGAAACAGAGAGCCCCUCACGACGCCCUCCACCGCCAGUCCCCGCACCACCUCCAAUGACCAAGGUAGUCGAACCAACCAAACCGCCGGUCAGACCAAGAGUCAAGAUGAGACAGCUCUUCUGGAACCGUCUCAUUCUACCAAAGAAAAACAAACAUAAAAAGACAAUUUGGCAGGAUAUUUCUGAGGCACACGUCGACAUUGAUGAAUUUGAGAAGCUGUUUGGGAAGCAAGAGAAGAAGACUGAUGCUGGUCGCAACCGUCAGUCCCUUGCUGACAGAGAGAAGAGAAAGAGCUGGGCGAAGUUCGAGGGAGCCAAGAUCCUAGAGCAGAAUCGUUCUCGGACUGUAGCCAUCAAGAUAAGGAGUAUGCAUUGUCAGCUUGAAGAGAUCAAGGCAGCUCUUUACAACGUAGACUUCGAUACGGUUAGCAUUGAAAGCCUGCAGGGCCUGUACCAGAUCCGCGCCACAGACGAGGAGCUGAAACAGAUGGAGCACUACCUGCGCAGUGACGGCCUACUGCCUCUCGAUGAACCAGAGCAGUUCCUGUAUGAGGUCUCCCGUCUCUGCCACUUCAAGGAGAGGCUCAGCUGUAUUGUAUUCACCUCAAAGUUUAACGAGACUAUGUUCAAUAUGGACCAGCAACUCCUGUCGAUGCAAGACGCCUGCCAGAUGUUAACUAAGACCUCGGCUCUCAAGACCAUCCUUGAGUUGGUGCUCACACUGGGGAACUACAUGAACGGCGGAACACAGCGUGGACAGGCCGACGGCUUCCGGUUAGAGUUCCUCAAUAAAAUUAAGGAUGUCAAGAGCGUGCAAAACAACUUCAACCUGCUGCAGUUUAUCGUGAGAAUCUACUGUCGGGAUAACGAGGAGGACGCCGGCCAGAACACGGCUAAGUUUAGGUUGCCUGAUCCUUCGGUUAUCCGCCAGGCAGCACAAGUAUCGCUGAGUGAAACUAGCCACGAAUUGAUCAAAAUGCAGGACAAAGUGCAAGCCCACAAAGUUAAGGCAGAGAUCGUGGCCAAAGAAGCCCCACGUAACUUGGUCCAACCCUUCAAAGACAAGAUGGCGGACUUCUUCUCAAAUGCUGACAACACACUGAAGCGCCUCAGCCAGAAACUACAAGAGACGAUCAGGAUUUUCGAGGACACCACCAACUAUCUGGUGUGUGAUGACAUGGUUGACAUCGCUACAAAUGGGAUUCCUGUCACAGACAAGUUCAUGAGCACAUGGUUCACGUUCCUGGUUGAUUGUAAACACUACUGGAAGCUAGAGCACAAGACCAUAGCCAAGGAAAACUUCGAACGCGUCGAACGCAGGAAAAGGGAAAGGAAAGCGUCUGUUGUCCGGGUGAGCACCAGCGAGAGAAACCUCAACCGUCUCGAGAGAAGAACGAGUCUGAAGGAAAAGUUCCAGAAAAAGAUGGUGGAUAAUGACAGCAGAGCCAUUCAAGUGAAGGAGAUGUAUAAGCGGGGUGACACCCCGGUUCAGCUAGGAUAUGACAGCAGGGUAUCGAGCAUGGCUAGCCUUACUAAUGGUCGCAGUGAGACGCCACCUGUCAUCAAGGAAGAGACACCACAGAAAACACCGGAACCGGAAUCGGCUUUUCAACCAUUCCAGCGAACGUCCGCUUUGCGUAGUUCACUGCAGGCUCGAAAACGGAGACGGAGAGAGGCAGAGAUGAUUCCGCAUGUUGCAGAGGCCAAUCCGAACAUUGAGUUGAAGGAACCAAUGACACUAAAAGACACUUUAGGUGGUAAGAACGCUGUUUGGUCAGCUCGGCCGACUGUUCAAGAUCAGGAUGUACCAGUUGCGAGGGUAAAUGCGGCAGUUAUCCAUCAGGAGGCACAGCACAAUCUACAGCAGGGUCAGACACCUCAGGGAAUAGAGAUGAGCAGCAGACGAGGCCGUGAAAUGUCUCCGGCCAUACGCCGCAGGAGAGCCGCUUCACCCCCACAAGAGGCAAGGCAGCGAGAGCUGUCUCCACAAGGUGGCAAUAGGCGAGAAAUGUCACCACCUCCGCCACCAGUCGGGCCGAGGCGCCAUAGAUCUCCACCAGCAGUGGAUCAGCGUAGUGAUCUUUCACAGAGAGAUAGGCAGGAUCACAGGAGAGAUCGCACACCAACACGCAAUGAUAGAAGGAGGGAGGUCUCACCACAACCCGCACAAAACGAGAGUAGGCGAGAGCUGUCACCAGGUGGAAUGAACAGACGCCGGGAGUUGUCCCCGGUACAACCUGAUAGGAGACGGGAGUUGUCGCCAAACAAUCGAUUGCCGCCACGCAGGGACAUGUCACCUCCACACAGAUCACCCCGGGAACCACCUAUUAUGAACGGUUCGGCUGAUGAUAUUCCUCCUCCAAUACCGAGACGGGACAGGUCACCUGCUCAUCGAAGGGAGCUGUCUCCAGCUGGUGAUCGAUCUAGGGAGCAUUCUGCAGGCCACAGGCAACGUACUAGAGUAAGGUCUCCCCCUACCCAGGAUAACCGCAGAGAGAUCAGUCCACCACCUGUUGUAAGGAGAAGGGACAGGUCACCUGCUGUCUCAAGUAUUCCUGUUCGGAGACGGGAUCCGUCACCAGCACAUACACAGGGCCAGCGGGGGCAAGCUUCAGCUGAGAGGGGUCGGGCAAUGUCUCCAGGCCGCCAGGAGGUAGCGGACGCACAGGAGGCACAGCGACUGAGAGCUGCUGCAGAAAGGUACACGUCUUCUGCAAGGCGGUCCAUGUCGCCCCCUGAUAACGGACAGGCGCCAAGAUCACGGAGGCUACCUGAAACACCACAUUCUGGCCAAAAGGACUAUCAGCAUUCACCUCCUCACAAUACAGCUCGUGUUGAUUCUCCGUCUCCGCCUCCUAUUCCUCCGCUACCGCCAGAUAUUGAGGAACAAAUCGCAUCACAACAGAAUCGAAACAACUAUGCAAAUGAUAUAGACAAUCGGCCAUGUCGGUCGCCGGUAGGUACGGCUAUGAAAAAUACGGAUAGGUAUUUAGGGCGUGCUAUUCCACUUAGUGAACGACAAAUUCAAGAAAAGUCACCAGUCAGAGGAAUGUCGCCCCGGGUUAUCAUGGCAACCACAGUAAAUGAGCGUCUUCAGAAAUAUGAAAACAAAGUGAAACGGACGAAAUCUCUUCGUAUGGAUAGCAUCAGUUCUAGACCCGAUGUGCAAAGUCGCCCCAGGAACCGGGCACCCAUAUUAGACAACCUCAGACAGUUAGAGGAGAAACUACAGACGGAAAUCUCACAACGGGAUGUGCGUGUCUCGGACAGUGACUAUCAACCGGCUAUACGGAGCAGGCGCUAUGCUGCUAAGCUGGUGCGCUCGCCGACAGAGAAUGGUGAGGGAGAGGCGAAUCCGGACAUUGCGAACUUGCAGGACCCUGUCAUUACUAUGCCAAGGCGCCGGCGGCCGCAUAGUUACCAUUCAUUAGAAGGGUCACAUGUGCUUGGACAGUUUGAGCAGCAGACCCAACAGCAGUAUAACAACCCGACGCCUGUGAACUCUAACGGUGCACCUGAAGGACAGCAUGAGUAUCAAAACGCACUUAGGAGCGCCUCCCUCAAAUAUAAUCAGAAUCCUAGGCCAGCUAAAACGUGAGAGAGAGGACCUGAAAAUAUCAAAUUAUUACUCUCUCAGCGUGUACAUUUACUAUAGGCAGUGAUCGUGUUCAAACUGGUUCUAUCGAGCAAUACUGACAAUUGCUCUCACCGUCAGGUUGAGGGCCAUUUUGUUCUCGAAACUUCCUUAAUUUUCGAUGUCAUUUUCGUUCGAUUUAAACUUUCGUUCCCAAGGAGGUUCUCGGGAAUUUGAAGGAAAUCCUUUUAGACGGUUUGCACACUGUUGAGGGUCAGGUGAAUUCAAAUAGUGGCCCAGACUUUAUGGAACGAGAACAAGGUGAACGUGAAAAUUUCAGAAAACAAGAAUGAUCUUAACUUGCCUACUGCGAGGGUGUGUUCGCGGGGUCGAAAUCUGCUCAGUGAAAACGAAUGAAGACCGUGCAGUAGAACAUCAUGUUUGGUCAGAAACGCUUUAUAUUGCAUGUUGUUCAUUCUCCGCUUUUGUCACAGAUCCCCUGAACUUGUUAGUGUACAUCUUACUUGACGGCAAUGUUAUAUAAAGUACCUUUUAUUAAAAUAAUGAUAUACA